AGAGCGCACUGUAAAGCAUCUGAUGGGAAGCCCCAGGAAGAAGAUCGAUUAUCUGCAGCUAUCUGUUAUACCUUAUAUACGUUAUGCAUCAUCUAUCCGACUGACUUUGUUAAGCCAAGCGACCGCAGCUUUCCUUCCCCUUUUCUGUUUUCAGGCUGUAAACCCAUUUUCCGUAACUGAAAACGUCCUUGCUAGUUUCAGAGGCAGUCAACCCGCCUGUCGAGUCUUGCACAGCGAACCGUAGAUGGCGCGCGCCCAACUCGGUGUUUUUAUUCGGUGGACAGGAGGAAACGGGGGCUCGCAGGGUGUCCCCACCACUCCUCCGUGAGAUGCGCCAGAGAGCUCGCGGGAGGAGAGAGAGAGAAGAGGGUUGACAGUGGCGUCGCAUCCGUCAUUCUUCUCCUCCAGAAUCCCUGAAAACUUAAAACGAGGGGAGAUGGGAUCCUAUCUAUAACUGUGUACUUCAGCCCUCCAUUCAACUGUUCCUCUCCUCAUCCCUCCAUCCUGUCCUGUCCUGGUCCGGUGUGGUCCGGUGUGGUCUGGUGUGCAGCCUGAGGGAGCUGUGGUUCUGAUGAGAGCUCUGGAAGGUAAAGCCAGAGAGAGGAGCACAGAGGACCUGGUAUGACCAGCGCAGCAGACGGUGUAGGGAGCCUGGGGAGCCUGGGGGUGGAGCAUCACCUCAGUGUCCAUGACCACGUGGUGAAUGACCACGGAGCCUGGGCCACCGCCAUGAACAACCUGGGCAUCGUACCCAUGGGCCUCAGAGGGCAGCAACUGGUCUCAGAUUCUCUCUGUAUCCAGGGUUUUGAUCCAGGGCUGGGUCUCCUAGCUCCUAUCAACCCCAUGAUGGCAGGUAUCAGCCUGGUCCCUCCUCCCCCUGGUCCCCCUGGUCCCCCCAUCAUCAAGGAGAUCAUCCACUGCCAGAGCUGCACCCUGUUCCCUCAGAACCCCAACCUGCCUCCUCCAUCAACACGUGAGCGGCCCCCAGGGUGUAAGACGGUGUUUGUGGGGGGUCUGCCGGAGAAUGCCAGCGAGGAGAUCAUCAGGGAGGUGUUUGAUCAGUGUGGUGAGAUCAUCGCUAUCAGGAAGAGCAAGAAAAACUUCUGUCACAUCCGCUUCAGUGAGGAGUUCAUGGUGGAUAAGUCCCUAUACCUCUCUGGCUACCGGAUGCGUAUCGGCUCCAGUACAGAUAAGAAGGACUCAGGGAGGAUGCACGUGGACUUUGCUCAGGCCAGAGACGACCUGUAUGAGUGGGAAUGUCAACAGAGGCUGCUGGCCAGGGAGGAACGACACCGACGCAAGAUCCACGAAGACUUCCUCCGUCCGCCCUCGCCACCUCCCAUCAUGCAUUUCUCCGAGCAUGAGGCGGGACAGCUGGCGGAGAGAUUGAAAGAUGACCAUAAAUUCAGUGAGGCGACUGCAGUCCUGUUCACGUGGAUCGACCGUGGUGAGGUCAACCGGCGGUCGGCCAAUAACUUCUAUUCUAUGAUCCAGUCGGCCAAUAGCCACGUCCGGAGGCUGAUGAGUGAGAAGGCCCAGCACGAGGAGGAGAUGGAGCUAGCCAAGGAGACGUUUAAAAAUGCCCUGCUGGCCAUAUUGACUCAGUUCGAGCAGAUCACGGCUGUGUUCACCGCUGCCUCCAGGCAGAAGGCAUGGGACCAUUUCUCUAAAGCGCAGCGCAAGAACAUAGACAUUUGGAGAAAGCAGUGUGAGGAGCUGAGGAAUGCCCACAGUGAGGAGAUCAUGGGGAUUCGCCGGGAGGAGGAGAUGGAGAUGUCUGACGACGACUCGGAUGAGAACCCCUGUAAGAAGAUACGCAUGGAGGAAAAUGGUGUGUGUGGCCAGUCUGGGGCCUCUCUGAGGGAGGAGAAUGACUCUCUGCGUUGGCAGCUGGACGCCUACAGGAAUGAGGUGGAGCUGCUGAGGAAGGAGCAAGGCAAGGCUUGCCGCCCUGACGACCCUGAACACUUCCCCGACACACACACACACCUGCUGCAGCAGAGCAUGCACAACAUGCAACAGCAACUGCUGAGUCUGCAGGAGCAGCUGAGGAGUAAGGAGGUGGUGCUGGAGCAGGCUAGAGACGAACACAGAUACCUGCAGGGAGAAGUCCUAGCCCUGAGAGACAAGAUGCUGACUAAUGGGGGUGUAGUGGAGGGGAACAAUGGAGAAACACCUGAGAAGGUGGUGAACGGGUGUGUGACCACUCUGUACCGCAGCAGAGACCGGAGGAGCGAAGCAGCCAUGAGAGGAGCCCUCACAUCAGAGAGAGAGGCUCUGCUACUGGGCAUCAUAUCUACCUUCCUCCAUGUCCACCCGUUUGGAGCCAACAUCGACUAUCUGUGGUCCUACAUUCAGAGACUGGACACUACGGUGUCAGCGGGGGAGUUGGAGUCUCUGAUGGGUCGUCUGCCAAGUGUCUUCAGACAGGAGCUGAGUGGAGUAGGAGCCACGCUGGAGAAACGAUGGAACUUCUGUGGCUUCCAGAGCCUCAGCUCCGUGUGACACAGGGACCCACACACACACACUGUAUGGAACAGGACACACACACAUCGGAUGACCCAGGACACACACAUGGCCUGAAAAACCAUAUGUGGGACAGAAACAUACACACUUCCUGACCAGCCUCAAAACCUGGUGGACACAUGAAUAGAAGGCGUGUCAAAUCCACAGACUGUUCGAACGGUGUGUGUGUAUGUUGCGUAUCCAAAGACAUCCACAGUGCAUAGUGAUAAUACUCUAACAGACACGGGACAAGAACAAAAGCUACAAGAUCCCCUGAUGGAUCUUCCAGAGUUAUAUCGUUGCAAGGGAUCUGCUGACACUGAGGCAGAGGGAUCCAUAUGGAUCUUUCAGAGUUAUAUCGUUGCAAGGGAUCUGCUGACAGAGGCAGAGGAAUCCAUAUGAUUCUUUCAGAGUUAUAUCGUUGCAAGGGAUCUGCUGACACUGAGGCAGAGGAAUCCAUAUGGAUCUUUACUUGAUGCUGUAUAACUAAAUCCACUGAUGUCAGCCAAAGUGGACAGAGAGCAGACCUUCUCUAUGGUAACGUAGUGACCCGACCCCAGCCAACAGAACAGAAGGUUCUUAGUCCUAACGUCUCUCUCUAAUGGACUGGAAUGGUUUGAGAUGCCUGUCUCUGAUUUAAGACU